AUGUUACUCCACUCUGUCAGUCUUUGGAACCUGGCGUUUUAUGCCUUCAUGGUCUUCAUGGCCACCCUGGGGCUAUGGGACGUCUUCUUCGGCUUUGAGGAAAAUAAGUGCAGUAUGAGCUACAUGUUUGAGUACCCGGAGUAUCAGAAAAUUGAACUUCCAAAGAAACUGGCGAAACGCUAUCCUGCUUAUGAAUUAUAUCUUUAUGGAGAAGGGUCCUAUGCUGAAGAACACAAAGUUCUCCCUUUAACGGGUAUUCCUGUUCUCUUUCUUCCUGGUAAUGCUGGAAGUUAUAAGCAAGUUCGUUCUAUUGGUUCUAUUGCACUUAGAAAAGCCGAAGACAUUGACUUCAAAUACCACUUUGACUUCUUUAGCGUGAAUUUCAAUGAAGAACUGGUGGCACUGUAUGGUGGAAGUCUUCAGAAGCAGACCAAGUUUGUGCAUGAAUGCAUUAAAACAAUUCUCAAGCUCUAUAAGGGUCAAGAAUUCGCUCCAAAAAGUGUGGCAAUAAUUGGUCAUUCUAUGGGUGGCCUUGUUGCAAGAGCAUUGCUUACGCUGAAAAAUUUUAAACAAGAUCUGAUCAAUCUUCUCAUUACACAAGCCACACCUCAUGUUGCUCCUGUGAUGCCAUUAGAUCGUUUCAUUACAGAUUUUUAUAUGACUGUAAACAACUAUUGGAUUUUAAAUGCUAGACAGAUAAAUUUAACCACACUUUCUGUAGCUGGAGGAUUCCGGGAUUACCAAGUUCGUUCAGGACUGACUUUUCUACCAAAAUUAAGCCAUCAUACCAGUGCCUUAUCUGUUGUGAGUUCAGCAGUGCCUAAGACAUGGGUCUCAACAGACCACCUCUCCAUUGUAUGGUGUAAACAAUUGCAGUUGACUACAAUUCGAGCAUUCUUUGAUCUUAUUGAUGCUGAUACUAAACAAAUAACUCAAAAUCCCAAGAAGAAAUUGUCGGUUUUGAAUCACCAUUUUAUAAGACACCCAGCAAAACACUUUGAGGAAAAUCCAUCAAUAAUUUCUGACUUAACAGGAACAUCUAUGUGGGUUCCAGUAAAAGUGUCCAAAUGGACAUAUGUGGCUUACAAUGAAUCUGAUAAGAUAUAUUUUACAUUUCCCCUUGCAAAUCAUAGAAAAAUCUACACUCAUGUCUAUUGUCAGAGCACCAUGCUGGAUACAAAUAGUUGGAUUUUUGGCUGCAUAAACAGCACAUCCAUGUGCCGGCAAGGGGUUGAUUUAUCAUGGAAAGCUGAACUGCUGCCAACAAUUAAGUUUCUGACGUUAAGACUUCAAGACUAUCCAUCUUUGUCUCAUCUUGUUGUUUAUGUACCAUCUAUUCAUGGAAGUAAGUUUGUUGUAGAUUGUGAAUUCUUUAAAAAAGAGACAAGAUCCAUACAGCUUCCUGUAACUCAUCUUUUUUCCUUUGGAUUAUCUUCAAGGAAAGUGAUAUUAAAUACAAGUGGUCUGUUCUAUAAUGUAGAGCUUCUGAACUUUGGACAGAUAUACCAAGCUUUUAAAAUCAACGUGGUAAGCAAGUGCUCAGGAGUCAAAGAAGAAAUUACUAGUAUCUAUAAACUCCAUAUUCCCUGGUCUUAUGAAGAUUCACUAACCAUUGCACAGGUUCCAUCUUCCACUGAAAUUUCCGUGAAACUCCAUAUUGCUCAACCUGAUAAUGACAGCCAUGUAGCAUUACUAAAAAUGUACACAUCAUCAGACUGUCAAUAUGAGGUGACAGUUAAGACUUCCUUUUCACAAAUACUUGGACAGGUAGUUAGAUUUCAUGGUGGAGCGCUUCCUGCUUAUGUCAUAUCUAGUAUCCUUCUCGCUUAUGGAGGACAGUUAUACUCUCUUUUCUCAACAGGUCAUUGCUUAGAAUAUGCUACUCUGUUGGAUAAAGAAGCCAAACCAUACAAAGUUGAUCCUUUUGUAAUUAUGGUUAAAUUUCUAUUGGGAUAUAAAUGGUUUAAAGAAUUAUGGGAUAUGUUACUGUUACCAGAAUUAGAUGCCAUCGUUUUAACUAGUCAGAGUAUGUGUUUCCCCCUUGUAUCUUUGAUUCUUUUUCUGUUUGGAACAUGUACUGCCUACUGGGGUGGCCUACUCUCUUCUACAUCUGUGAGACUUCUUUCUUCAUUGUGGCUAGCUUUGAAAAGGCCCUCCGAACUUCCUAAAGAUAUCAAGAUAAUAUCACCAGACUUGCCCAUUUUGACAAUUGUUUUGAUCCUCAUUAGCUGGACAACUUGUGGAGCUUUUGCCAUACUUCUUACUUAUCUUUACUAUGUGUUUAAGAUUGUUCAUCUGCAAGCCAGCCUAACAACUUUUAAAAACAGCCAGACUGUGAAUCCCAAACACUCUAGAAGAAGUGAAAAAAAAUCCAAUCACCAUAAAGACUCUGUAGUACACCAUCUCCGUUUAUCUGCCAGUGAUGCUGAAGAUAGUCUUCGCAUGCACAGUACUUUGAUUAACUUAUUAACAUGGAUUGUAUUACUCAGCAUGCCAUCUUUAAUUUAUUGGCUAAAGAAUCUUAGGUAUUACUUUAAACUUAAUCCUGAUCCAUGUAAACCUUUGGCAUUUAUCCUUAUUCCAACUAUGGCAAUUCUUGGAAAUACUUACACUACUUCAAUAAAAUCAAGUAAAUUAUUGAAGACUACUUCACAGUUUCCACUUCCUCUGGCUGUUGGUGUGAUUGCUUUCGGGUCGUCACACUUAUACAGGGUUCCAUGCUUUGUCUUCAUUCCUCUUUUACUCCAUGCAUUAUGCAACUUUAUGUAA